CAGAACUAGGGAAUAGACACGUAACAAAUGGCUACUCCAUAUUGACUAGUCAACGUAAACCCGUAAUCUCUCGGAAAUUACUUACCAAACAGUGAAGAAAGACUGAUGAUUCUAUUUCUGAUACCUUUUCAUCGGUAGUAAAUAUGUAAAGAAGUAUGUAUAUUGAUGGGUUAGGAAGUUAACUAAUUACAUUGAUGAAAUCACACAAUCAAGUAGAACAUUCAUUGGAUUCAGAGGGGGUCGGAUAAACGGAAUAGAAAAAAGAUGGUCAGUUAGAGGACUAUUCAGCCUGAGGUUAUGUUAUGUGUAUGUUGUAAGAGCGAUGAAAGUGAAUUAGUCAAGCCUACUUUCUCGGAUGUCAAUAUGAAUCUCUGUUGUAACAUACCCUUACACCAUUUACCUACUUAUUAAUAUAAACUUAAACAUCAUAAUGUUGUUGAAUAAGAAUAUGUAAGUUCCCUCUCUCUGUAAUUUUCCAUUUUCAGCAUAGUUAUCGUAGUGGAUAAUGAGUGUCAAUAUGGCUGCUUCAUCUACGCGAAAUGAUGGUGAUUCAACAACUGUUAAUAAUAAUCGUAAAAUUAUAUUGAAUCGUCUAGCGGAACGUCAUGCACAGACUAGUGCUGUGAAUAGUCAAAGUAAAAAAGCUUUAAAGCAAAAUGAAGAUUCGGGAGAGUCUGUGAGUAGUGACAGCGUGGCAGCAGCAGCAGCCGAUAAGCAUAUGGAUUUUUUACAACAAUUUCUACAGUGUAAAGAGACUAUUAUUAAUGAUUUGGAAAAUACUAUUGAUAAAAUUCAUACGCAUAACUUACCGAUAAGUGAACGUACACAAGUUUUGGAUGAUAUUUUACUUCGCUUGGAUCAUAUGCAAAAAUGGUUGAAUGAAAUAUCUAUGUAUCUGACUACAUUCGACAAUGAACGUGCUCGUUUAGAGUUGAAGAGUUUAAAUGAUCUCUUUCAUGAGAAAAAGAACGAACUGUUACCCAGUAAAAAAUUUGGUUUUUCACGUCAACAAAAAACUAACAAACAAGAAAAUAUGCCUAAAACUGAAAAUGAAAUGAAAACAUCUACUCAUGAUCACGCAUCUAUGAAGUCUACUCCUACCACCACCACCACCACCACCACCACCACCACCACCACCACCACCACCACCACCACCACCACCACCACCACCACCACCACCACCACCGCUACUCUUGCUUCCAAUGAAUCCUCAAUGUAUGAUCCACGUUACAGUUUAACGCAUAUUACUGGUUCUCAACACUGUGUUAUCCCUUGCCCUGAUAAUUCUUCAACAUCAUCGCCAUCAUCAGAUAUAUCAACUAUUAAUCAAUCUGUUUAUUUAGCUGAUUUACUCGAUUGUACAGUUAAAGUAUGCAGUGUAUUUGGCAGUUUAAUUGGACGUCGAUUAAAAAAUUGUAAAAUUUAUUGUUAUCCUAUAGCUGGUUCUGUAUGGCUUAAUGAUUGUAUAAAUUGUGAUCUUGUAUUUGCUUGUCGUCAGUUAAGAGUGCAUAAAACAUCACAUUGUCGAUUAGCUUUACAUACAUCUAGUCGACCUAUUAUUGAAGAUUCUACAGACUUACAAGUUGCACCAUAUCAAUAUACAUAUGAUACACUUGAUAAAGAUUUGCGUACAGCUGGUUUAUCUAGUGAUAAUUGUGAAAGUAAUUUAUGGCGUGAAAUUGAAGAUUUCAGUUGUCCUAAUAGACGAUUAACAAUUGGUUCUUCAAAUUGGUGUAUAUUACCUGAGGCUGAAUGGUCUUCAUUACGUCCAAGUUAAUGAUGAACGAAAACAAAGGGAGGCGAAAGGAGCAGGGCUAUUAUUUGUUGCUUUUUGUUCAACAGAAUACACUAUUCAAUCAGUGGUUUUAUUCUUUCGCUCUUUCUCUCUCUCUCUCUCUAAAUGACCAUUUUAAUUAAUUCGUAAUUGUAAAUAUAAUUCACACACACACACACACAUUCCGUUAUAAAAAACACACACUAUUGCUCUAAUUUGUAUGACAAGUUAUGCUUUUUGUGGAUGUGUUAUUAUCACCGUUGUAUGUUUAUUUUGCUGCAGUGCUUUGAUUACUGGAUAAUAAAGUAGUUUCUCAGUAA